AUGGGUAUAGAGAGAGAGCUCCAAGCUAUUUUCAAUGGUGCAUAUGAGAAUGAUGAAAGAUUGAGUAAAGUCCCACUAAAAAAUGGAGUAAGCUCAGAGUCCGGUGAAGGGAGUUCAAGCGAGACAAGUGAGGAAAUGGCCGAAGUCUAUGAAGAAAGAGUACUCAAUCAAAGCAACGAAGACGAAUCAGAUGCUUCGUUCCUGAAUCUUUUGAGACGCCGUCUUGAGGAAAACCUUCAGCCACAAACAAAAUUGGAAAGGCGAAGCUCAUCACCUGCGUGCAUCUUCAGGCUUCCUCCUAGCCUUGUGGCUAUCAAUGACAGUGCCCGAAAGCCUGAAAUUGUAUCGAUAGGACCUUUCUACCGCGGCGAGGAGCAUUUACUCGCGUUUGAAGAGCAUAAGUGUUUAUAUUUGCAUAACUUCCUUCGUACUCGACGUGACUUAUUUGGAAAAGAUCCAAGUUUUUAUCUUGAUCGGAUGAGAAGCUUAGAAAAGCGCACAAGAGAAUGCUACUCUGAUACAAUCAUCAUGUCUAGUGAUGAUUUUGUUCAAAUGAUGUUACUGGACGGUUGUUUUGUAAUUGAGCUGUUAGUGAGGUUUCUACCAGGAGGUUUCUCAAAUGAUUUGAACGACCCCAUCUUCACAAGGCCAUGGCUGAUCCCAACACUUCUUAAGGACCUCAUCAAGCUGGAAAACCAACUUCCUGCUUUCGUUAUUGAAUCUUUGUAUGGAGACGAUAUUAGUUUACUUGCCCUGAAAGUUUUCAACGAAACCACCUUUUCAAAGAUCUGCCAGAUGAAUAUCUCCAUGGCCAACCGUCAGAAAGCUAAUCAUUUACUCGAGUUUUUAUACUUCAGUCUUGUACCCUCCGAGAAAGUCAUCAAUAUCCAAGGGCUAGAGGGAUAUCGUGCAUCAAACCACUCCAUGCCAUCCGUUACGGAACUGCGCUCAGCAAGGGUCAAGGUCAAGCCGAGGAACGGUUAUAGCUUCUUGUACAUAAAAUUCCGAAACCGGGUCCUCCAAAUUCCAACCAUAACCAUUAAUGAUUUCACUGCCACCCUUCUCAUAAACUCUGUUGCCUUGGAACAAUGCCGGGACUUCCACUACAAAUACUUCACAGACUAUGUCUCUUUCAUGAAUGGUCUCAUCAAACAACCAAGAGAUGUGGCAUUUCUCUGUUCGGCUGGCAUUAUCUCAAGAUUUUCGCUAGAUGACCUCUAUGUUGCUAAUCUUUUCAAUAAUCUUGGGAAGAAUGUUGCCUUCAACGUGGGCAGUUGCUAUCUCUUCAAGCAGUUCAGAGAAGUAGAGGCCUAUUACAACGGCUACUGGGCAACCAUGAUGCGUACUUAUUUUAGAAGUCCAUGGUCCUUUAUCUCGGUCUUCUCUGCCUUCAUUAUCAUAGUUUUCACUAUGAUACAGACCAUCGUCGCUGUUUUGAGUUACCAGAAGCAGUUCGGAUAGAUCAACACAUACAACGUGUUGCAGCCAUCUAUGAGUUCUUACGCAUAGAUUGUGCUUUCAACAGGUAGAAGGAUGUAUUGUCAAGACAUGGUAUUAGAAGCGCAAAAGAACGGGGUAAGCAAUUAGUCAAUUGAUGGAAGGUUUUUGUACUGUUUUUUCAUUUUGUUUUGGAACCGAGG